AGCUGCAAUGAGACGGGCCUGAGCAGAACGUGAAGGCUGAAGAGCAACUAGAAAAAAAGACUAAAACAAACAGCAAACAAAAAUGUGACGUGCCGCAGCGGUGGGAAGCCUGCCGGCCUGUCCGUGGGGCGGCUGGGUGGUCACGGUGCCGAAGGAGCACUCCGGGAAGACAAGGCUGCUGUGGAGAAGCGAAAUGCAGUUUUUGCAGUGGGCUCCGGGGGACGAUCUUGGCAAGUACAGGCCGAAUGUCGUUGGCUGCUUAUUGUGUAUUUUGCUGCAGAAGAAUAGGAACUUCUGGUCCAACCACAAAAAGUGAUCUGCCGUGGAAAGAUAUCAGAAAAAUUUCAAAAUUAACUGGAUCACUUAUUCUCGGAGGUUUUGUAUUUAUUACAUAUGAAGUUCUGGCCCUAAAGAAGUUACUGACACUCGAUACUCAAGCUGUACAGCAAGAGAAACUGAAGUCCUAUAUUUAUGUAAAUACAGUUUCUUUAGAUCCCAGUGAAUCUCAAGGACUCACAUACAAGGCAAGAAAAGAACUUCAUAAAAUAGUGAGGAAAAUACUAGAAACUGAAGCUAAAAUUCUCCGGAGACCUUUUGAUGAACAUUUCAGUAAGUUUGCAGAAGAUCAUGAACGUGCCUUGUGGGUCCUCUUGAAGAGAAGUCAAUCAGAAGACAGAAUCGUUCGACUGCAGGCGGUGCAGCAACUGGCAGAGAACAGUCACUGGCAUGAUUAUCAAUAUAGGACGGUUGCCCAAGCCUGUGAUCAGAGGACUGUGAUUGGUUUGGCCCGAUCCAAGGAUAUUGAUCUUCGGUUUUUUUUGCCACCACCUCCCUUACCAAAAGUAAAAGAUGAUUAUGCUAUAGAAGAUGAGCUCCGAUUGUUAUUGGUAUCUUUACCUCAGACUGACCUUGAGCAAUGUGUCCAGUACUUCACAUCUCUGGCUUUAAGAGAAAGCAGUCAGACUCUAGCUGCACAAAGGGGGGGCUUGUGGUGUUUUGGAGGAAAUGGGCUUCCUUAUUGCGAGACUUUGAGUAAAGUCCCUUCAGAGACAGUAGAACUCUUCUGUUUACAAGCUUUAGUGCAACAUUCCAAGGUUUCUACUCAUUGUGAUAAAAUUGAAGCAAAUGGAGGUCUGCAGCUACUACAGAGGAUAUACCAGCUUCGUAACGAUUCUGCGAAAAUACAAAGGAACAUAAUUCGCAUCAUUGGAAAUAUGGCUUUGGAUGAACGUCUUCAUUCAUCCAUCGUACGUGCAGGUUGGGUUUCCAUACUUGCUGAAGCAAUGAAGUCUCCUCAUGUCAUUCAGUCUUCACAUGCAUCCAGAGCCCUGGCUAAUCUGGACAGAGAGACAGUGCAGGAAAAGUAUCCAGAUGGCGUAUAUGUUUUACAUCCACAGUACCGUAGCAGUCAGCCCAUUAAAGCAGACGUCCUUUUUAUUCAUGGUCUUUUGGGAGCAGCAUUUAAAACCUGGCGACAACAAGACAUUAAUCAGCCUUUGGAUGUAAAGGCUUUCGAAGGGGAAGAGGUUUACAGUGAAUGCUGGCCAAAGACCUGGCUAGCCUCAGACUGUCCUUCGCUUAGAAUUGUAUCUGUGGAGUAUGACACCCACCUGAGUGAUUGGAAAACAAAGUGCCCUAUUGAGGACCACAGGAAAUCUAUUGCUUAUAGGAGCAAUGAGCUUCUUACCAAGCUUAGAGCUGCUGGUGUUGGAGACAGACCUCUGGUAUGGGUAUCACAUAGCAUGGGGGGUCUCCUAGUUAAAAAGAUGUUGGUGGAUGCUUCCAAGAACCCAGAAAUGGAUAAAAUUGUAAACAACACCCGAGGAAUCAUAUUUUAUAGUGUACCUCACCAUGGCUCCCAGCUGGCUGAAUACUCAAUGAAUGCUAGAUAUCUUCUCUUUCCUUCUGUGGAGGUUAAGGAACUCAGCACAGAUUCUCCUGCCCUUAAAGAACUGAAUGAUGAUUUUCUUUCAUUUGCCAAGGAUAAGAAAUUUCCAGUCUUGAGUUUUGCAGAAACCUUACCAACGCAUAUAGGUAGCAUGAUAAAACUUCAUGUGGUACCUGUGGACUCAGCCAAUUUAGGCAUAGGAGACCUCAUUCCAGUGGAGGUUAAUCAUCUGAAUAUUUGCAAGCCAAAGAAAAAAGAUACUUUUCUAUACCAAUGUACUGUAAAGUUUAUUCAAGAUGCUUUAGCAAGAGAACUGGGAAGUUGAGAUUUUACCAUCCUUGCUUGCUUCUCUCUCCCAUUUGGUGUAAUGCAACAAAGUCUUUCCACUAAAACUGUUGGCAGACCUCCAGAACUAUAGACACGAUAUUAAUAAUAAAAUCACCUGUCCAGGUGGCUUUGAAUAUAUCUUCUGCUUGGAAAUCUACAUUGUCUGUGUCUGAAAUGCAUUCAAAAUAUAUACAAACAACCAGAGCCCCAGAAAUCUGGUAAUAAAAGGUGAAAGUCUGAUGUGAUUCACUUUGACUUGUUGACUACAUGUAUGUAAUUCCUCUGAUGAUUUGACCAGUAAGCAAUGGGAAUGCAGUGGAGGAAAGGCUUCAGGUAUCCUGUAGCUACUCUUCUGGAGCAGCAUGGAUGGGCUAUGAAGGGUGUCCCAUGGUUCACUUCUUAGCCAAGAAAGAUUGCUGUGAUUGAGAUGAAUGUACAUAUAUGGUACACUUAGGACCAAAAACAAUAAACCCAAAUGAUAAUUAAUAACGUAGGGAAACAAAUGGCUGUCUAAAAGUACACAUCUGCUAUCCAUGUUUAGGAGUUUGAAACCUAUUAAGAACAUGUGAAUGAUUCAAGAUAUUGUUUUGAUUGAUGGACCAGUUUAUGCUGCUUGCCUUUCUGUUUAAUAGGCCCAGACAUUCUUCUAGUUUAAUUCACUUUUUACCAGUUGGCAUCAAUUGAUAACAAAUGCAGGAAACAGAGUGCUGUGUGAGAAAGAGAAGCAUCACCUAAUCUUUUGUUCUCUGGUAUGGUAUCCUAUGUAAAGGAGACAGUGGCAGUUUAAUUUAGUUUUAAGCAAAAAGAUAAAUACAUUCUUGUGCUGUUCCAUUUUAAUUCUGUCAGCGUUGGGCUUCAAGAUCAUAGAAGAAGAGCCCUGGUGUGAGAAAUUUUUUACCUAGUUCUCUGCUCUGUCAUACACAAGAUCUGGGUAGGGGACCUUUGUGCUGAUUUCUUGUUGCCUACUUUGGGAGUGCUGAAAAGGCAGGACACUUAACUCUUGGCGGGAGUGGUGCCUAUCGCUCAAUAGGAAGCUCUCAGCUGAUUUAAGAAUGGUGUUGAUGAGGCUCCAAUAGCGGGACACUUGUGUAGUCUGUCACAAGAAAGAUGGUGGCUAUGAUAUGAGGCUUUGGUAUUUGCAGGGGAGGGGGCAGGAGGCUAAGGCAGAAAACAUAAAGGAGUUCCCAGGGCUCCAUCAGGGCAUUUUAUAUUUGUGGGGGCCUAAGCUAACUUAUUGCUGUACAUGGAGGAAAAACAGCAACAGUUUCUUAAAUAAUUAUGUGGAGUGUUUCACUGUAUUAUUAUUAUUAUUAUUAUUAUUAUUUGCUAAGGCCCAGGAUGAUCUGGUUAACAGCAUUGAUAGAAAUAUUUUGUAGAACAAGGGUAGCAGUGUUCAGCCACCUUUCUUAAAGCCUUAAAUGAUUCCAAACCUAAUUAAGAGCAGCUUAGUUAUGGGCUUGAUUUAGCAAAGGACUAAUACUGAUCUAGUGGCCAAAAAAAGUUGACGUCCACAGCCAGAGAAUCCCUGAUAGACUAUCUGGCCCUCACUGUCACCCAAGCAAAUCACCUUAAUAGUCCUGGAUUUUCCUAGCUAGCCAUUUAUCAACUAAGGCCUUUGUUGAUGAUGAUAGGGGAACCACUGGAAACUGUUUCAGGACUUCUUUAAUGUGAUUGUACAACGAUGAUGGUAAAAAGCACAGUAAGAUGACAUGAAGCUCAGAAGUCCCACAGUAGCUUGUAUUGGUGGUGGUUUAGAAUACUGAGACCACCUCCACUAGUCCAACCCUAGAGCACUCUCAUGUAGGAUGACCAGUGCUGGGAAAUACAGAACCCAGAGCAGUACUGAAGGCCAGGCAUGCUUUCUUUUGGAUCAAACCACAUGUAAGAAUUUUGGCUGCCACUAUUUCAGACUGAAAAUAUAGUUUGGGACUAUAGUAAUUUUAAAAACAGUUUAUCCUACUUCUGCUGUGCUCAAAUAUAGGAGAACCCUGUUUAUCUAGGUGGAACAGGAUGUAUGGAAUUUAUCGGGAUACACAGGGUUUUGGAUAAGCUGAGAACUUUGCAUUGUACAACAUGCAAAUAGGGUGAUGCAAACCAUUUUUGAGUAAAAAGACAUUUUUUGGCUAACAGGGAGUCAGAUCAACCAGUGUCUUUUGUAAUGCCUUGUACAAUAAAUCUGUCUGUAUGAGCUACAGUGACUGGAAUUCUUGAACCAGCUUUCAAUUUUUUGCAACUAACAAAUGUAUUCAUGUGUAACUUUAAAUUAAUAUGUGGGUUAUGCAGUAACUUUGUCUUUGGGAGAUAGUAAUGAAAUGUGGUUUGUUUUUUCUUAAUUGUACUAUAUCUCUUGAAAAAAUAUAUUAAACUUGAAUAAUCUGCUAAA